UAUUGUUACAAUAUUACUAUGUGUGUUAUAAUACUAGAGCGAUGUUGGACAUCAUUGGGCAGAGAGAAGAGGGGAGGAAAAGGCUGUUUACACAGACUGCAAACCGCCUGGGGAAUAAUGCAGGAAAGGAAGUGAGCCGGCUCUCUGUCUGACUGCUCCAACUUCCUGCGAAAUCAGGAUCUCAUUACAGAGAAACAGAGCAGUUCAGACGACAGUAAGAAUGGAAAACAAGGGGAUUUUACAAUAUUCUUUUUAAAAGUGUUAUCGAAGAGACAUACAUCACAGGUCUGGUUAUGGAGAGUGCUAUCACACUGUGGCAGUUCUUGCUUCAGUUGCUUUUAGACCAGAAACACGAGCACCUCAUCUGCUGGACGUCCAACGACGGGGAGUUCAAGCUCCUAAAGGCAGAGGAGGUGGCCAAACUGUGGGGACUUCGCAAAAACAAGACCAACAUGAACUACGACAAACUUAGCAGGGCGCUCCGUUACUACUAUGAUAAGAACAUUAUCAAAAAGGUGAUCGGACAAAAGUUUGUAUACAAGUUUGUCUCGUUCCCUGAAAUCUUAAAAAUGGACCCGCACACAGUGGAGCUGGGCAGAGAGAGCAUGUUGUUACAGGACAGUGAUUCUCUGAGUCUGGAGACCAAAGAGCACCAAACCCUUUCCGCCUUGAGAAACACCGGCCGCAACGACUAUAUCCACUCAGGUCUCUACUCCUCCUUCACAAUCAACUCACUACAGAAUCAGGCAGAGGUUUUCAAAUCAAUAAAAAUGGAGAAGCAAGACGAGAAAUCGGAUGACAAGCUGCAGGGGGAUGAGACGCGGACUGUAAUCCGCUUUGUAACAAACAAAACAGAGAAGCAUGUGACGUUGCCGGUGGUUUCCAUGCCAUCCUCUCCUAUGUCAGCUGAGGCCGUGGCUUCUGCAGCUUUCUUGACAUCCUCUGCCUCUGCCAAAGCUUCACCAACUUUGAUGUCGGCUCACACCACAAACUUCUCCUCUCCCUCCCCUAGUUCUUUCCUGUCAGGAUACAGGAGCCCCAACUCGGAGGCAGAUGACUUGGAACUCUCUUCCCAGCCUCUGAACCUUUCUGCCAGCCACAAGGCCAGGUCCCCUCAACUGUUUGAGAAGAGGAAUAGCAACGGCCUUCCCCCAAAGGCCAAGAAACCCAAAGGCCUGGAGAUCUCAGCCUCUUCUUUACUAUUCUCAGGCACUGAUAUCGGCUCUAUUGCCCUCAACAGCCCAGCACUUCCCUCAGGGUCUCUGACACCAGCCUUUUUCACUGCACAGACACCUACAGGGUUGUUGUUAACCCCCAACCCAUUAUUAUCCAGUAUUCACUUCUGGAGCAGCUUAAGCCCUAUGGCUCCUUUAAGUCCUGCCAGGCUCCAAGGAACAAGCUCUUUAUUUCAGUUCCCUUCCUUGUUAAACGGUCACUUACCGAUGCCAGUUCCUGCGAUGGAUGGGUCUUCUUCACCAAUGCUGCUUUCUUCUAAUGGUCAGAAAUCCUAACUUUGCCUGAGUGAAUGCCUUAACCAAAGACAGCGUUCUUUUUUGUGAAAUGCAAAUCACUUUUGGUUUUGCACAUUUACAGAUACUUAAUUUUUUUUUUUUAAGGAUUUGUGUAAGAAUAUUGUUAAAUCUUUUUGAUAAACACCUUACUGUUUUAAGUGUUAAACAUUAGGAAAUGGUGUUCCUUCUACUAUUUUGUUUAAGGUUUCCAUUGGCGGCUGUGAAUCGAUGUUGCUUGUCCGUUUUUAAUUUUUUAUUGUAUGCACUGUGCUUUUAAUGUUAUUACCGGCUGUGCCUUCCCAUGUAUACAAUUAAAUGUAUCAUGUAAAUGUAUUCUUUUUCAGCUUUAAGAAACAAUUACAAAGACGAGAUUCCAGUACAGUAUAAAGGCUCUAUAAUGGCUAUCAAUUACUAUUUUCAUAAAGGAAUUGAUAAAAUGUAUUCUCAUAUUAAUUUUGUGGUUUAACAGUGUAGAAAAUAUGCCUUAUAUAUUUGUUGUAUAAAUAAAAAUGUAGCAUGGAAUGUUACAUUAAAAAUAAAGAGUUGGCCUUUUUUUAUAACCGUGUUUGUGUGAUGCACUAAUCUUACACAAAUCCUCAGUAAAUCAUAUAAAGUGCUUACUGAAAUCAGAUCUGUCAGUGCAAGUGCUUUAUAAAACAAGGUUGAAGUUCUGUGUGCACAUGUUAAGGUACUUGCAUUAACUCGGGCUGAUGUACUUGCACAGAUGGCUCCAGUUGCAAGGAAGAAUGACACUGACAAUCUACUACUUUUAUCCCUCUAUAAAUGUCCAAUGUUAUUUUGAAAGCUAUUUUUGUGCAUAUGUAAAAAUUACACUAGAUUUACUUCAAGUACACAAUCUAUUAAAACGAGUUGUUAAUAUUCUGCGUUUGGUCCCCAUAUUUCAUAGCAUAUCUACACAAUGCAGGUUAUACAAUAAGCCUCCACAUUAAUGGUAAGAUCAUGUAGUUUUUAUACUUGAAAAAAGUACAAUAUUAAUACAUUACUGUCAAACAUCACAGCAGUUUGUUAAGCCUACAAUUUCAAUUUGAAAUCUUUUUUUUUUGUUUUUUUUUUUACAUAUACAAAUGCUGAAAAAGAGUAGUGGUCCAAUGCAUAUCAUUACACAAUAAACUGUUUUUUUUGUUUGUUUUGUUUUUUAGCAAAAUUCCAAUUGAAACCUUUGUUUUUAGCAAAAAAACACAAUAUACUAAUAAAACACAUUUACCCCAACAUGCCACGAUCACAAUUCACAAAUAAAGUUAAAAUGUAACAUACAACAUUCUCUUAAUACUGUUAAAUAACUACAUGGUUUUAUAUUCAUAAGCAGAAAUGGUAGGACCCCUGAAUGCGUUUACAGUGAAUGCUAGAAAUGAACUCUCAAAACUGUGUUUAUCCCUAUAAGUGAUCAGACAUUUCAGAUGCACUAAACAAUUCAAUUCUUAAAGGCAAAUAAAUGCAUACAAAUUACUGCUGCCAAGGCGUACUUAAUACUCACCGAGUUGCAUUAGCAAGGUAGGGAAAUUAUUACAAAAUGAAGAAGAAAUGACAUGCAACAGUUCAGAAAGGUACAUCUCAUUCUCUUCUAUAGAGGUUAAUUAAGUAAGCUGAUCACAUCUUGUCAUACUCAAUCUUGAUACCCAUUGUUAUUACCAUGUUCCAGUGUAUUCUUAAACUGUGUGCUUCACCUGUUUAGGAAAGGUGCAAAAAUAUUGGAAUGAUGUAAAACCAAGCAUGGGGAGUUUCUUAUUUAAUUGUUUCUCAGGGGUUUCCCUAAAUAAAAUCUAGGUAUUUUUAUGGUUUGAGACCUACUGUUAGUUUUUUUUUGUGAAAAUCUCCCUAAUUACUUAAAUAAAUACACAUACUUGUUGAUCAAAAUGCAGUUGAACCCUAUCAGAAGACCAACACUUUCUGGAUAUAGAGCACUGUUUCCAUUUAGAAUACAUCCAUACAUUCAUUCAAAUGAAAACUGCAUGUAUGAAGAAAACUGAAGAAAAAAUUAGGAUUCAUACACAUGUGUGUGCCAAGUACAGAAGGAAGGUUGGUAGGCAUGGUCCAUGAAUUCACUUUCUGUAGCCAAGCAAUGCUGACACUAGAAUUUAAAAAACACCCCC